AAUUAACCAGGAAAGCUACAAAAUACAUUCAUAAUGGAUGAGCCAAAUAUCCUGAGGCGGCGUGGUCUGCAGAAGGAACUGAGCCUUCCACGAAGAGGAAAUAUUAAUCGGAACAAGAGGAAGAGUUUGGCUCCCUCGCCUACUCUAUCAAGACCGCUCUCACCCCUUCCUUUGCCAGCUGGCAACAGUCCGCUGGACAGUCCCAGAAAUGUCUCCAGCAGUCCUUCAGUCAAUUUUCCAUUCAUACGGAGACCAGACACGCGAAGGUGGUCUGUAGCAUCUGUCUCCUCUGGAUAUGGAACCAAUCCACCCAGUUCUGCUGUUUCAUCUUCCUCCUCCUCACAGGAGCUCCUGCACCAGCUGCCCUCCCAGCCCACCCCAGAUGACCUCCAUCGCCUCUUCAAGCAUUUCAGGAGCUCAGAGAGUGUGGCAGAUGAGGAUGGACAGCCCUUGCCUUUCCGUCCUCGCUCACGGAGUCUUAGCCCUGGGCGGACAUAUGGCUCUUUUGAUAACGAGAUUGUGAUGAUGAAUCACGUCUACAAAGAACGGUUUCCAAAGGCUACAGCUCAGAUGGAGGGGCGUUUGCUGGCAGUGAUUGCAGACUACUCUCCAGACAGCGCACCUCCUCUUGCUGAUGGAGUGCUGGGCUUCAUUCAACACCAGCUGGUCGAGCUCGUCCGAGACUGUCUGGAGAAGUCCAGAAAGGGGCUCAUCACAUCUUGCUACUUUGUGGAACUUCAGGAAAAAUUAGAAAAUUUCCUACAUGAGGCAUAUGAGCGCUCUGAGAGUGAGGAAGUGACUGUUAUUGCUAAACUCGUGAAGAAGAUUCUCAUCAUUAUUUCCAGACCAGCAAGACUACUGGAAUGUCUGGAGUUUGACCCUGAGGAGUUUUAUCAGCGUCUUGAAGUUGCAGAAGACCAUGCAAAAGUUGGCCAGGGCAUCAAGACUGACAUCCCCCGAUACAUCAUCAGCCAACUGGGUCUCACUCGAGACCCCCUGGAGGACAUAGUGCAGCUUGAGCACAACAACUCAGGCAGCCCAAGCAGAGAACUGGAUGACACUGCAGAGAAUCGUCCUGGAACCACAACGCCUCGAAGAAAACCUCUGGAAAGAGAUUUUGAGACUAUAAAGCUCAUCAGCAAUGGGGCUUAUGGGGCUGUGUACCUAGUAAGGCAUCGCGGGACACGGCAGCGGUUUGCCAUGAAGAAGAUCAACCGGCAGAACUUGAUCCUGAGGAACCAGAUCCAGCAGGUGUUUGUGGAACGAGACAUCUUGACGUUUGCAGAAAACCCUUUUGUGGUCAGCAUGUUCUGCUCCUUUGAGACACGACGGCACCUUUGCAUGGUCAUGGAGUAUGUGGAGGGUGGAGACUGUGCAAAUUUGCUGAAGAAUAUGUCCCAGAAUAAGGGUCCCUUGCCGGUGGACAUGGCCAGAAUGUACUUUGCAGAGACGGUUCUGGCACUAGAGUAUCUUCAUAAUUAUGGCAUUGUGCACAGGGAUCUCAAACCUGACAACUUGCUUAUUACAUCAAUGGGGCACAUUAAACUGACUGACUUCGGUUUGUCUAAAAUCGGUUUAAUGAAUAUGACCACAAACCUGUAUGAAGAACACAUGGAGAAAGACACACGAGAGUUCAUUGAUAAACAGGUCUGUGGCACUCCAGAGUACAUUGCACCAGAGGUGAUCCUGAGGCAAGGUUAUGGGAAACCUGUGGAUUGGUGGGCCAUGGGCAUUAUCCUGUAUGAGUUCCUGGUGGGCUGUGUGCCUUUCUUUGGAGACACACCAGAAGAGCUCUUUGGCCAGGUGGUCAGUGAUGAAAUUGAGUGGCCAGGGGGUGAUGAUGCAUUACCUCUUGAGUCUCAAGACCUCAUCACAAAACUGCUGAGACAAAGUCCCAAAGAGCGCUUGGGAGCUGGAGGGACAGCAGAGGUCAAACAUCACAUCUUCUUCCAUCUUCUGGACUGGAGCGGACUGUUAAGGCAGAAAGCAGAGUUCAUUCCACAGCUUGAAACUGAAGAAGACACAAGCUACUUUGAUACACGUUCUGACCGUUACCAGCACUCUGAGGAGGACGAUGAGACAAACGAUGAUGAAUCUUAUCAGGAGAUCAAGUUCUCUUCCUGCUCGCAUCGCUUCAGCAAGGUGUAUAGUAGCUCCGAGCAGCUGGCUUCUCCCUCUAACUUGAGCCUGUCCUCCUCUGAGCGGAGCUGCAGCGAGGAGAAGGAGGACCGGUGGGAUGGUCAUUCAAUGCUUUCUCCAGUAGAAACCCCCAGACAGCUUCCAUGUAGCGACAGGAAGCAGGAUUCCCACAGGGGCAGUCAGAGGCCGAGAGCAUCAUCCAGUUCAUCUCAGCCUGAGAGGGGCACUAGUCCUGUAAUUUUGAACAGCACUCAGAGCCUUGAGGCCAUGCCACGCUUUGCUUUUCCUGAGGAUGAGGAAGGUCUUGUCUCAAAUCUCCAGCGAAUUCGUCUGCGCAGCAACUCCACUGGAACAAGACCUACUAAUCGCAGGGACCACAAGGGUCCGCGCCGCCUCGGGCUUCAGCAGGAGACCCCAGAGAAGCCACGCUCAUCAUUUACAUGCAAAGUCCCCAAGUCUGCAUCCGUGUCUGGCCUUUCCCUCAUCGUCACAGCAGAUGACAUCCCCGGUGGGCUCCAGACAAGCCCCAUGUCUUCACACUCCCUCUCAUCCAACCCUUCAUCUCGGGACUCUUCCCCAAACCGAGACCUCUCUCUCAGCGUAAGCAGUCUUCGUCCUCCUGUGGUCAUCCACAGCUCUGGGAGGAAGUAUGGCUUUGCGCUCCGUGCCAUUCGGGUCUACAUGGGUGACACUGAUGUCUACACGGUGCACCACAUGGUCUGGAGCGUUGAAGACGGCAGUCCUGCUCACGAGGCCGGACUGAGGGCUGGUGACCUCAUCACUCAUGUGAAUGGAGAGUGUAUCCAGGGUCUGGUGCACACGGAUGUGGUGGAGCUUCUGCUGAAGAGUGGCAGUAAAGUGACUCUGCAGACAACUCCUCUUGAGAAUACGUCCAUUAAAAUCGGGCCUGCGAGAAAGACCAGCUCGAAGGGGAAGAUGGCACGACGCAGCAAAAAGAGCAAAAGGAAAGAGGGUCAAGACAGCAAACGGCGAAACCGUUUGAAGAAGCUGCCCAAACACAGUCCAGGGAUUCAGAACAGUCGCAGUUUCUCGUCGGGUUUUCAGCACUCACCUAACGACAGCCUGUCGGACUCUCCAACGCCGAGCCUAUCUCCUGGGCCCAACACCCCAUGCAGAAGCCCAGCUCCAGACCUGUCAUGUGAUUCAAACUCUCCACAGAGUUCCUCACCCUGCUCAAGCUCUCCGAAUUCACCCAUUCCUCAAAGUCGACCAAGUUCUCUUCAUGUUUUGGGAUCCAAGAUUGGCCUCCGCUAUAGCAAAGCAGGCCGCUGCAAGUCCACCAACAGUAUCCCCCCCUCUCCCCUCGCCUGCAAUCCCUCCUCACAGCCUUUGUCUCCACAGUAUUCUCCAUCUUCCCUCACCGGAGUUCCUAAAAGCCUCCACUCGUUUCAUAAUAAGAUGAUGUCCCCGCCGACCAUCGUGAGACAGACGGUGUGUCCCCGCAGCGCAGAAUCACCCCGUUCGCCACUGCUGAACAGGGUUCAGUCAUCUGAGAGGCCCUCCGGUGCCCAACAUGGAGACAAAAAGGCUUUCUCCACUCGAAGACACACUGUGGAAGUUCCCCAGAGUGAAGCUGAGGGACUCGAGUCACAAACUAGUGACAUUGCCUCAGGUUUUGUGUGUGUCGGUGACCAUGCUAGACAAGGGUUGUACCUGGCUGGCCAACGAGUGAGGGACUCCGGUGGUGCGGUGAUGAGGAAGCUAAACUUGUCUGAGAGACGAGAUUCAUUUAAAAGGCAGGAAGCUGUUCAGGAGGUCAGCUUUGAUGACUCUGAUGACAAGGAGGCCACAACAUCUACACCAGUGCCAUCUCAUCCACGUUUCAGAGCGGCGUGGAUCAGCGCAACACAGGCGGAGGGAAGCUCCCAAACUUCAGCGAGGAAGACCGAUGAGAUUGGACCCAAGCUAAAAGAACAGAAGAAACCAGAGGAUAAGUGUUAGCCUUAGAUAAGUCCAGAAAACUGUGAGACUCAGAUGUACGGGUGCUUUGAUGAUCACUUAAAUCAUAAUCAGAGAAAGGACAGGGGUAGAAAGUCUUUGUUUAGUGUCAUUUAUUUGUAAGUUAGAAGUCAUUCACCUGCCAAACUGCCUUUUGAAGGAUAGUUUUCCCGAAAAGAAAAAUCUUUUUUUUUUCAGCCUCAUGUCCUUGCAAACCUGUGUAACUUACUUUUGACUGUGGAACAUAAAAGAUGAUAUUUGGAAAAGUGUUUUAGUGUUGUUUUGGACCCCAUUGACUUUCAUUGUAUGGACAAAAGCUGUCUUAAAAUAUCGUUGGCAUUUGUGUUCCACCAGAGAAAGUCAUACAUUUGAAAUGACGUAAGGACGAGUAAAUGAUGACAGAAUCUUCAUUUUUGGGUAGAGUAUCCCUUUAAGAAUUUGUUUUACCAGGUAGCACAAUUAACUUUUGUAGAUUUUGAAAGACUUUAUUUAUUACAUUUGUUUUAUACGAGAUGGGAAUAGAUAGGUCAUACAGUAGGAUCGCUUUUUGAGAAUUUGAACAUAAUGUGGUCCUGCUGAGGUUCAGUUACUGUUGUUUUUUCAUUCUCAUAAAUAUCAGUAAUAUUGUCAUUUGAAGUCAUAUAAUGUCUGAGUGGUCAAACAAAAUGUAGUUAUUAUAUGUUGACUCAUUCUUUUUGCCAUUUUGCUAAAUUGGCUGCACAAGAAAUUAAUCUUGUGUUCAGUCAUUCAUACCCAAUAAUAUUCCAGCACCUAAAUAAUGACUUGUAAGAAGCCAUUCAGCCAACCUUGGCAUUGUAGUGUGUCAUGUUUACCUGAGCAUACUUGUUCAUAUUACUUAGAACAGAACGGAUUAUGAAUACUAAUUUGGUGAUAACUUUUUAUUUAUAAUGCUUUGGAUUUGGUAUAUCUAGCAGUGUUGUACAAAUGUAAUCUUUAACAAAUGGUGUUUUGUAGUCUGACUUGUGGAAAUGUCUGUUCUCUUGAAUUCACACAACAGCCAUAUGGCAUGUUUUUGUGAGUACCCUAUAUAAAUGCCAUAGUUUUAAUCUGCACUAUAGCCUUCUGAAGUGUUGACAUCUGCUUGUUUGGUUACACAGAAAUUAUUCAGUUACGAGUAACAUGAGCUUUCUAUGUCAUGGUUUGCUGAUGCUGGAUUGCUUCCUCGUUCAUUAAUCAAAACUAAAGAGAUAGAAGACAAAGUUUAGAUACUUGCACUCCCAGUCUGACUUGUCUUUCUCUUCCUCUGUACUUCAUAUUAGUGUGGCACUAUUUCCUUGGGUUCACAUACUACUUUCAUUUACUUUUGUAUGGUACUGUAGUGUUUUGUUUUUUUUUAAGUUGAAUUUGUGUAGUUUAUCCAGUUCUACACAACCAGGACUCAAAAAGAUCCUAGACUCUCGACUAAGUCCACUCACGCUCAACUGUAUUUGUAAAGUUUGGAUUUAACCAUGAUUAAAUGUGUACAUAAUUGCUGAUAAUUAUAUUUCAGUGGUUUCAGUGCUUUUCCUUGUGACAGUGAAUGUUUUUCAUACUAAAGCGGUAGUGGCCUGUGGUAU